GACGCAGCCCGGCCCCAGAGGGCUGCUCCAGGCUCAGUCCCUCCCGCCGGGAGCCGCCUGGGGUGGCGGCGGCCUGCAGCUGCGCCGGUCGUGGAACAGAUGCAAGUAGCAUGGGAGAGGGGUAUUUUUGGUCUGUUUGACAUGUCAAUUAGGGCAAAGAGGAAAAUGGCAACCCCGAGUGAGCUCUGGGCCGAGGAUGCCCGUAGCCGCCCUUACCUGUACGCACAAGGCAGUGUUGGGGCCUAAAGCAGGCUGGGACCACCGCGCGCGAGGACGCUUGCUGCCGGCCGGGCUGCGACUGUGCGCGGGCAGCCCCGACUAGCGUGCGGCGUUCCGCAGACUGCCGAGCUGAUCCUUUAGCGGGUGGGUGGGUUUCCAGGUGUAGCCCACAGAGGCCCAUGUCUUCCCUCUUUCUUCCCACCAUCAUUUGUGAUUACCUUGUUUUUAGAGUAGGAAGUACCCUUCUGGUCCCGUAAUUCAUUUCUCUUUUUUCAGCUUAUAUGAAUCUUAUUCUAAGCAUAUCCAGUUUUCUCUUUUUGUAAUUUUACUUUACUUUAGAAAGAGGGUGAGAGAAAAACAUCAAUUUUGUUGUCAUUUACUUAUGCAUUCAUUGGUUGCUUCUUGCAGUGCCCUGACUCAGGAUGGAACCUGAAACCUCCAGAAGAUACCAACCAACCAACUGAGAUACCCAGCCAGGGCCAGUUUUUCUUUUUAAAGCUUGCCCCAUCUAUCACUUCACUUCUGUAGCUAGGACUCAUGUGGAGAAAAGCUGUUCUCGAGCUGCAUAGGCAGCCCCUGAACUUGACAGCAGCUAACAUGUUUCAUAAAGUAAUGCCUGGUUUCCCCCAGGGGAUUAAAUUUGACAUUCAUUCUCUUGACAAUCAAGUCUUUUUGGUAAAACUGCACACGAUUUUGUCAAGGGUGUAAAGUACACUUUGUAGUCACAGACUUUAAAGCUGAAAGGGCCCCUACAGGAAAGCUAGUUCAUCCCUCUUAUUUUGCAGAUGAGGACACCGGACCUAAAGAGGAAGUGUAUAGCUCGAUUGAGUCCUGCACCUCGAUUAAUUGCACUCAUCAGUUCUGGACGCCUUGGUCGUUGUGCUCUCUACCACAUCAGGAGUGCAGCAGUGCCAGUUUAACCCAUGCACUGUAGAGGCUUUCUGCCAGAGAGCCACAAUGGACACCGCUAGCCAUAGCCUUGUCCUUCUGCAGCAGCUGAACAUGCAACGGGAGUUUGGUUUUCUGUGUGACUGCACAGUUGCUAUUGGAGAUGUUUACUUCAAAGCCCACAGAGCAGUGCUUGCUGCUUUUUCUAACUACUUUAAGAUGAUAUUUAUUCAUCAAACAAGUGAAUGCAUAAAAAUACAACCAACUGACAUCCAACCUGACAUAUUCAGCUAUUUGUUGCACAUUAUGUACACCGGGAAAGGGCCAAAACAGAUUGUGGAUCACAACCGUUUGGAGGAAGGGAUUCGGUUUCUUCACGCCGACUACCUUUCUCACAUUGCAACUGAAAUGAAUCAAGUGUUCUCACCAGAGACUGUGCAGUCCUCAAAUUUGUAUGGCAUUCAAAUCUCAACAACCCACAAAACAGCUGUCAAACAAGCGCUGGAGGUCAAAGAAGCGCCUUCCAAUAACGGUGGAAACAGAGCCUCUGUCCAGGGUGAACACCCCCAGUUACAGCUUUCUCUCGCUAUUGGGCUGGAUGACGGCACUGCUGACCAGCAGAGGGCCCAUCCUGCUGCCCAGGCCUUGGAGGGACACCAGAAGCCUCCCGUGUCCAUAAAGCAGGAAAGAUGUGACCCGGAAUCUGUGAUCCCCCAGAGCCAUUCCUCAUCCUCAUCCGAGAUGACAGGCCCCACUUUCACGGAAAGUAGUAUCAAAAUUCACUUAUGCCAUUACUGUGGAGAACGUUUUGAUUCCCGUGGUAACCUAAGGCAACAUCUCCAUACCCAUGUGUCUGGAUCCCUGCCAUUUGGUGUCCCCGCUUCCAUUUUGGAAAGUAAUGACCUUGGUGAAGUGCAUCCACUUAAUGAAAAUAGCGAAGCUCUUGAAUGCCGCAGGCUCGGCUCCUUCAUUGUCAAGGAGAAUGAGCAACAGCCUGACCAUUCAAACUGUGGGACCACAGAGCCUUUACAGAUCAGUCAAGUGUCUUUGAUCUCCAAAGACACAGAGCCAGUAGAAUUAAACUGUAAUUUUUCUUUUUCAAGGAAAAGAAAAAUCAGCUGUACCAUCUGUGGUCAUAAAUUUCUCCGAAAGAGCCAAUUGCUGGAACACAUGUAUUCACACAAAGGUAAAUCUUUCAGACAUAACCGAUGCCAAAGGUUUGGUAAUGCGUUAGCCCAGAGAUUCCAGCCAUGUUGCGAUGGCUGGUCGGAUGUCCCCCUGAAAAGUUCCCGCUUGUCGCAGGAGCAGUUAGACUCAUCUUGUGCCUUAGAUUCCGAGCUCACACAAGCAAAUGUGGACACUAUCCUAGUUGAGUAGCAGUUUCUCCUUCAGAGUUUUCAUAUCCAUUCUGAUAAAUUCAUAUGUGUUUUUUGAUUCACAAAUUAUUUUCCUCCUCAAGUUUACUGACUUUUUCCUUUACCAUUUAUCCAUAGUCUUAACACUGUAUUUAUUAGGUCUACUUAUUGUGAGGUAUUAAUUCAUGGCUAUUAAAAUAAACUUCAAUUAGGACUGUGAA